CAUAUCACAGGAGGCGGGGCUUAUCGAAAGCCCGUUAGGAAGAGAAAGAAAGAAACCUCGCGCGUGAGGUGUUUGGUAGCAGCGCGGAGACUGGGACAAGAUGGCGGACGUGGUGGCGGAUGGAGAGAAACUCAGUAAAAAGACCUGCGCAUCAUGUUGACGCUGGUCAGAGCAGCCAGGCAGCCCGUGUGCCGGGCCGUCGGGUUACGGGUGCAGAAGUUUGCGCCCCACGUUCGGCAAACGGUGCCUUCGCUUAUUGAAGGAUGUCGCUGGAGAGGUGACAAAAGUGAGCUGAAGAGGCGCAUGAAGGCGGAGAAGAAGGCUGCGGAGAAGGAGGCCAAGCUCAAGGACCAAGCGCAGCAGAAUAAGGAGGCGAGUGAUAAGCAGGAGCAGCAUGUGGACGGAGUGGACGAGGAGACACUGGACCCCAACCAAUACUUCAAGAUCCGCACGCAGGCCAUCCAGGCUCUGAAGGGAACCGCUGAAGACCCCUAUCCCCACAAGUUUCACGUGGACAUGUCGCUUACUGAGUACAUAGAGAAAUACAAUCACCUACAGCCCGGGGAGCAGCUAUCAGACGUCGUCCUUAACGUGUCAGGUCGUGUCCAUGCCAAGAGGGCCUCAGGGGCCAAACUGCUCUUCUAUGACCUGAGAGGAGAGGGGGUCAAGCUGCAGGUUAUGGCGAACUCCAGGAAUUACAAGUCAGAGGAAGACUUCGUUCACAUCAACAAUAAAUUGCGCCGAGGUGACAUCAUCGGCGUUCGUGGUAAUCCUGGGAAGACAAAGAAAGGCGAGCUGAGCAUCAUCCCCAUAGAGAUGACCCUGCUGUCUCCGUGUCUGCACAUGCUUCCUCACCUGCAUUUCGGCCUGAAGGACAAGGAAACUCGGUUUCGUCAGCGGUAUUUGGAUUUGAUCUUGAACGACUUUGUGAGGCAAAAGUUUGUGACCCGCGCCAAGAUCAUCACUUACCUGCGCAGCUUCUUGGACCAGCUUGGUUUCCUUGAGGUCGAGACUCCGAUGAUGAACCUGAUUCCUGGAGGCGCAGUGGCUCGACCUUUUGUCACCUACCACAAUGAGCUGGAUAUGAACCUGUACAUGAGGAUCGCGCCCGAGCUUUACCACAAGAUGCUGGUGGUUGGAGGUAUCGACCGUAUCUAUGAAAUCGGUCGUCAGUUUAGAAACGAAGGCAUUGACCUCACUCACAACCCAGAGUUCACUACGUGUGAGUUUUAUAUGGCCUACGCUGACUACAAUGAUGUGAUGGAGAUCACUGAGAAGCUUCUCUCAGGAAUGGUGAAGCACAUCACAGGAGGUUAUAAGGUCACCUAUCACCCUGAUGGACCAGAAGGACAAGCCUAUGAAAUCGACUUUACUCCUCCUUUUAAGAGAAUCAGCAUGACCCAUGAUCUGGAAAAGGAGAUGGGAGUGAAAUUCCCAGCCACUGACGCUUAUGAUUCUGAUGAAACCCGCAAAUUCUUUGAUGAUUUGUGUGUUCAGAAGGGAGUGGAAUGUCCGCCUCCAAGAACAACAGCUCGCCUCCUGGAUAAGUUGGUGGGAGAUUUCCUCGAGGUGAAAUGCAUCAGCCCUACGUUUAUUUGUGACCACCCUCAGCUCAUGAGUCCACUAGCAAAAUGGCACAGAUCCCAGAAAGGGCUGACUGAGCGUUUUGAGCUCUUUGUCAUGAAGAAAGAAAUCUGUAACGCCUACACUGAGUUGAACGACCCGAUCAGGCAGCGUGAGCUCUUUGAGCAGCAGGCUAAGGCGAAGGCAGAAGGUGAUGAUGAGGCCAUGUUUAUAGAUGAGACAUUCUGCACAGCGUUAGAAUAUGGUCUUCCACCUACUGCAGGCUGGGGCAUGGGCAUCGACCGCCUCGCCAUGUUCCUCACUGACUCCAACAACAUCAAGGAGGUCCUUCUCUUCCCCGCCAUGAAGCCUGAUGACCAGAAACCCGCCCCUCCAGCAGAGGGCACUUCUGUUUAACACUGUGACCUGUGAUGUCGCCUGAUCAGAAAUCAGUGCCACGGUGAUGAGAGCGAGAGAUGAUUCAUCAGCACCAGGGUUCAUGUUUCUGUCUGACUGUGCAGGUUACUGUUAACGAUUGAUGUUUAUGUUCUGAAGGAUUUCACGUUGACGUAAAAGGGAAGUAUAUCACUGUCUUUUUUAUUCAUUUAGGCAGAAACAGUGAACCCCAGUUUUGUUUUUUUUUUUGUUUUGUUUUUUUUUUACUGCUGCUUUGUCCAUUGUCAGUUCACAUCAGGUUCUUACCCUCGAGCAAUCAAGAAGAUGAAGAUUCAAAUUCAGCCAUAUUUUUCUGUAAUAAUGGUUUUAAUACCACCUGUCCUCUGUAUUUUUAAUGAUCACAAAAUUGGUCAUAGGAAUAAACCUUCAUGUGCGUGAUGAAA